CGGAAGUUUACUUAUCCAUAGCGACGUGAUGCCAUCUCUUUCAUCUUUGCUGGUAAUUUGAAGAAAUUUGGUAUUUAUUACAGAAGAAAUAUUUUAGUUUUUUUUUAAGAGCAAUUAUUUAUCAAAGCAAAAAUGAGUCGUCUGUAUGACACUGUGGAGCCGUCUGUUAUAGAUGAGGAUAUGUUACAAAGAGCUGUUGAGGAACAGGGUCCUAAAGAAGAGGCUGGAAAGCUGGCUAAAGCUGAAGGCAUUGACUUCAAUGAUGUAACAAACUUGAGGCUGGACUUCAAAAAUAUUUUGAAGAUAGAUAAUCUGUGGGAAUUUACUAAUCUGGUAAAACUACAAUUAGAUAACAAUAUUAUAGAGAGAAUAGAAGGAAUGGAACUAUUGGUCAAUUUAGUGUGGUUAGAUCUGUCAUUUAACAACAUUGAAGUUAUUGAAGGAUUGGGAACUCUAACAAAACUGCAAGAUCUAACUGUUUAUAAUAAUCGUAUAUCCCGUAUUGAAAAUAUGGAUAAUUUAAAAGAUUUACAAGUUCUCUCUAUAGGCAAUAAUCAACUCACAGAAUUGGAAAAUUUGGUCUAUCUCAGAAAAUUCAAGAAACUGAAGACACUAAAUGCUACUGGAAAUCCAUUUUGCGAAAAUGUGGAGACAUACAAACAAUAUGUAGUUGCAUAUUUAUCACAUCUAGAGUUUUUAGACUACAGAUUAAUAGAUGAACAGUCUAAAGUGGCAGCAAAAGAAAAAUAUGCAAUGCCUAUAGAUGAAAUUAUUCAUAAUGAAGAAGCUGAAGAAAGAAAACAACAAGAAAAUGAAAUUAAACAAAAGGAACUUCAAAUUCAUACAAAAGCGUAUGUGGAAUAUUUGGAUGGUAGCAGUCUGUUUGAUAGUAUGUAUGCUGAAGAUUCAGAUGGCCAGAGAUUAAAUGAAAUGCCGGGCGUGGAUGAAUUACUUGCAGGAUUUAAAGAGAAGUUUCUUGGGGUUUGUCAAAAGAUUUUUGAAUAUGGUUUAUCAGAGAAUGAAAAAAGACAAGCAGAAGUCAAUCAAUUCUGGGAAUGUGUAGAAGAGGCCAAAACUGAAAAUAAAGAAGCUGGCAUGAAAAUUAUUGGAGCAUUUUUUGAAGAGAGGAAAAGGGUAUUAGCAGAGUUAGGUACUAUCACCGAUAACCAAGUUAUAGAUGAUAAAAUAGAGGCAUAUCAGUCUCAGAUCAAUGAAUUAUGGGAUAAAUUAAUGAGUCUGGAAUUACAAUUAGUUGAUCAACUUGAGGAUGUUAUCAAGGAUUUUGAAAGAAACAUGCAGGAAAUGGUGUCUACGUUUUUGGAGAAUGUUAAAGGUCACCUAACACAAUGUAGAGACCUAGAAAAUAUGCAUCAUGAGAGAAUGAUGGAGAUAUCUAUUGUUACAUUAGAGAAAGUGAUCAAGAAUGAAUUAGAUGACGAAAUAACAGAAGAAUUGAGAAUGUUGUUUGUUGACAAAGAUACAAUCAUUGGUGCUGUUUCUUCAUCACACGACCUUCAUUUACUCAAAAUAGACAAUAAAGAAGAUGACAUUGAGACACGUAUUAAAAACUGGUUGAGUGCAAUGAUGGAGAAAAUCCGAAACGAGGAAGAAAUUAAACGAAAUCGGGUUCGUGUUGUAGAAAUAAAUCAUCAAAUUGAUCAUUUUAAAGAAGAGAUUGAUAACUUAGAUUUCUUACAAGGACCUUAAACGUUAUCGUAAAAAUUCAUCCAAGGAAACACAAAGAGUGAUGUUAAAGAUGCAUUAUGUACGAUUUAGAGAGAGUUGGCUGUUCUUGCAAUAAUAGUUCAAAAUAGAUCACGAAACAUGAAUAUAUGGAAAAUUUCAGUUUUAUUUGGAGCGAAGUUAUGAGUAUUAUUGUACAUUUAGAUCUAUUUAAAGAAAUUGUUUUUCUUGUUGAAUUGGGAUAAAAACUUUUAAAAUAUGUGAUAUGUAAGUAAAUUGUAAAUUCACAACCCUUUUUUAAGGUUUUACCUAUCUUGUGAUUUUAGUUUCUUUCACUCCAUUGUUAUGUUGUGUAAUAUCGUUUAAUUUUUUUAGUGAUGUUAAAAAGAAAGUGUAAAUAUUGUACAUAUAAGGUUGAUAAAACGUAUUUAUUAUAUGUAUGUCCAUGUGAUAUUAAACACAUUAUUGAAAUAAAUAUUAUCUAAUGUCAUUACAAUGUUCUAUGAAUCUUUGCAAUGGAUUAAUACAUCCAAAAAUAUAAUUCAGGAUAUAUUUUAGUUUCAAUUGAAAUUAUUUUUAUUCAAAUCAAAUCUAUAGAUUUGUCUAACUUCGGUACAUUUUUUAAUCAUAAUUUAAUUGGCAGUGCUCAAACA